AUGCCAAAAAGAAGCAAUACCUCGGACGAUGACCUGAACCGCGCGGACGAGCAUUCUAAGGUCCUUAGAAGCUCUGGUCAGGAAGAACAAGGCCACCCCCCGCCAAGCAAGUGCCGACACUAUUGUGGGGGAUGUGGAAGAGACUACGCGCGGUUGUAUGUAGCUAGAAAGCAUAUCCAUAAUGGCCUCGUAAUAGGGGACCAAUGCCCUUGGCAUCUCGAUUAUCAAAGGGGUAUCGAACACAGACCUAUCCCAGAAGCUGAGUGGCUAAGAUCACUGGAGAACGGCGAUCGUCCAGCUCCAGAUUUGGCGCGAUCAGAUAGACCAGCCGCUGCCAGGCCGGCCACUCCUCCCGUCCCCCUUCACAUGCUCGAGGACCUACCAUUACGGGGCUUUCCACCGAUAGACAACGGACUGGCUUCAGGCUCUUAUAGAGGCAGCAGUGCUUCGGCAGCAGCACCUGAAUCGCUGAGUCUACUUUUCUCCCAACACCCUGCUACGCUCGUUGCAGUGGGUAGCUUCCAUGCCACGGGCCACGGGCGCCUGCCACUCGUCCAGCCUGAGCCCCCCGCCCAAGGCUUGUCAGUCAACAUCUUGGACGCCAUUUCCAUUGGGGGCGAUUCGACUUUAUUGGUGGCCGACGAACAACAUGAGGAGCCAUCCUCUUCUGUGGUUGCAGCUGGCAGCGAGGAUGUCCCGCCGGCCGAGGACAUUGACUUGUCGUUAUACUGUUCGCUGUUUGACUGA